CUCUCCUGAUUGGCGCCACGUAUUCUGCAACUCUUCUGAAUGGAAGGAUGAUGUGCUGAGAACCUUUCUUUUCCUUCGUAAGAAUGUCAAGAUUCGCUGAAACCCAGAACACAGUUGACGUCGUCAUUGUCGGUGGUGGACCCGUAGGGCUACUUCUAACCUAUCAACUUGCCCGGUUUGGCUGCAGAGUCUCUAUCAUAGAACAAGAUGACAAAACGCAAUCGUCCUAUGGUCGUGCCAGUACAAUGUGGCCCCGAACGAUUGAGCUACUUGACCAGCUCGACCUUGCUGAGCCGCUUAUUCAAGCGGGAAUGAUCACUCGAUCGGGUUUGCACUUUCAUGAAGGUCGUCGUGUAAAAGGUGGUUUGAUGUACGGUAAUCGGAUGGAUAAACUUGGAGAUACUUUCUUCAAAUUUGCCCUACAUUUACGCCAACGCCUCACCGAAGAAAUAUUCGCCGACGCGGCCUCUAAGGAGAUCGGGUCAACACAUAUGAUGCUUCAUCGGAUGCAAGGCUUUACAAUCGAUCAGAAUGAGGAUUCGCAUCCUGUGACAGUUCAAAUCAAAGACUUGAAUACAGAAGAAGUAGUCGACAUUAAAUGCAAGUAUCUCAUCGGUGCUGAUGGUGGGAAAUCGACAGUCCGCAAACUUGCCAACAUCUCAUUUGAAGGAGAACAUACCCAAGGUCGCUGGAUUCGGAUGGAUGCUCGGGUGACGACAGACAUGCCCAACCCUCGUUGCUUGAAUAGCAUCGAUUCCGCUUCGCACGGUCAAAUUCUCUGGUGUCCAAUUGACAAUGGUCUGACGCGCAUCGGAUACGUUUUUUCUGGAUCGCUCAUCGAAAAAUACGGCGGAGUAGAAGGGGUGACGCAAGAAGUCGCAAUGGUAGAAGCAAAGCAAGCUUUACAUCCCUUCAAGCUCGAGUUCUUGAGUGUAGAUUGGUUUACUAUUUAUGGAAUUGGGCAACGUAUCGCUGGAACUUUUUGUGCCAAUGAUCGUGUCUUCCUUGCUGGGGAUGCUGGUCAUACACACAGUUCUGGGUCUGCGCAAGGUCUAAAUACCGACUUGGCUUGGAAACUUGCACUCCGUGUUCGGGGUUUAGCGAAGAAAGCAUUGCUUGAUUCUUAUGAUGCUGAAAGAAGACAAGUUGUGCAAACGGUUAUUGAUAAUGACAAGGUCAUUUCCACCUUGAUCUCAGGCCACUAUCCACCGAGAUUCCAGGGGCGCAGUGAACCAACCAGAGAAUUAUUGACAGAAUGGUUCAACGAUCUCAAUAUGCAACACUUUACUCUUGGACUUGGGAUAUCUUACCCACUCAGUUUACUCAACGUUACAAUUGCAGAUCCGUCAGUUGCUACUAUUGACCCUGGCGAGAGAGGCCCUGAUGUAUAUCUAACCAGUCUGGGCACGGGGGAUCCGUUACGUUUGCAAAAGAUAUUGAGCAACAGAGCUAAGUUCUCAAUUGUAGUGUUUUCUGGAAAUACCGAGUACACUAGAUUGGCCCUCGUCGACCUCAGAACUACAAUUACCGCAUUAGAUUCCUUCGUCAAUGUAUUCCCAGCGCAAAUAUUUCAAUGGUUUACUAUCCCCGCGACCUUUGGCAACGGGGGGCAAGAGAUUCUUGGUUGUCACCCUUUUGGAAAGGUGUACCUAGAUACAGAGAUGAAAGCACACGAGAUGUACGGCGUUGAUAUACGAAGAGGCGCGGUCAUUGUAUUCAGACCAGAUGGAUGGAUUGGAACUGUCGUCCCACUCUCUGGUGUUGGACAAUUAAACCACUACUUUGACGCAAUCUUGAAUAGACGAUAAUCAGG